AUGUCGCUAAAUUUAAGUAAUAAUUUUACUGACGAUGGAAGUGAUUCAGAAGAGCCGUCACUUGUUCGUCAUAUUAAAUUUUUUCUAUUCUUGCCAAUUGAAAUCCCCUCAAUUAUAUGUGCACUCGGUAUUAUUUAUUAUUAUGUAACUCAACGUGAAUUACGUCGUUUAAAUAACCAUUCCAUUAUUUUUCUACUUAUUGGCUCAUUUUUAAUGAUCACCACCGAGUUGCCCAUUACUCUCAAUUUUCUCUUAACUGGAUACGUUCUACCAUCACGACCUGCCUUUUGUCUAUUUUGGAUAUUCUAUAAUUUUUCCUUACAAUCAUGUAAUUUAAUGUUAAUGGCUUGGACAUCGAUAGAGCGACAUUUAUUGAUAUUUCAUCAACAUCUGAUGCAGACAAAAUGGGGAAAAAUUAAAUAUCAUUAUUUGCCGUUAAUCGUUUGUGUUACAUAUAUUCCUAUAUUUUAUUUGUACUUUGUGAUAUUUUACCCAAACUGCACAAACUCAUUUGAUUAUCAUUCUCUCGUUUGUGGUGGACCAUGCUACAAUUACGUACCGACAAUAGCAACUGUCGAUUGGGGAAUCAACAUUCUUUUUCCAUCAGUACUCACACCCGUGUUUAGUCUGGGACUACUCCUGCGAGUCCUAUAUCAACAAAAAAAAGUUCGAAGAACAUUUCAAUGGCGAAACAAUCGAAAAAUGGUUAUACAACUGUUGGCAAUUGCUUCACUCUAUUCUUUGUUCUGGAUACCGUUAGCCAUUUUAUCCAUUAUUCGAACAUUUUAUAUACCAACAUUUGCGGAUGUGGUUACAACAUAUUAUUUCUAUUAUACACCCUAUUUAGUACAAAUGUUAUUACCAUUUGUUUGUUUGGCUUGUUUGCCUCAACUAAUAAGAAAAUGUUCAUGGAACAGAAAUAAGAGAAUUAGACCGGUACCAAUCGAUACGGCAGCUCUACCUACCAUGGCACAAGGGAUGAAAGACUUUUAA